AAAAUAAUUUUAAUAAAAAAAAAAAUUAUGAUAAAAUUUUUUGUUUGAACAAACCAUCGAUGUGAGUAAUUUUGACGGGCACAUAGAAACCUGCGAUUGUGCGCAUUGUGUGAUUCUUACUUUAGUCACUCAAAAACCGCCACCACGAACUAAACGCAUAGCGCACGAAGACUGAAGUAUUUGGAAAAUAGGCCAUGGUAGGUUACAGGCUCAGCGCUGAUCAAUACUCUAGCGCUAAAAAACCCCGGGGUUCAUUUCCCUGAAGUGUAACUGGAAAACUUUCAGUACGCCCUUCAAUUUUUUACUUUCACACAAAAUGGAACUAACGUGAUCUUAGCUUUUAAAUUUUACAUUUUUAUUAAGAUUUUUUUACUCGAUUUAUCAACGCGAUUUAUGAUGAACGAAAAAUUAAAUCGUUCGAGCAUGCAAACUCUAUCAAGACGAAGGUGUAAAAUAUAAUCGUCGUUGUUGUUAUGAUGGGUAUGUGGUGCCUGUUACUUUUGAUAUGCAUCGAAACUUUAGGAGGUACCACCGAAGAAAGAAACGAAGCGAAUAUUUUAGAUAUUGGAGGAAUAUUUCCGAUAAGAGGAAAAGGCGGAUGGCAAGGUGGCCAGGCUUGUCAACCAGCUGCAAGAUUAGCUCUGGAUGAUGUUAACGAAGAUAAAACUAUUUUACCAGGUUACAAGCUCAGAAUGCAUUACAACGAUAGUCAGUGCGAACCAGGACUCGGGGCGUUGGUUAUGUACGAUUUGCUCUACCAAGAUCCUACAAAAUUAAUGCUACUGGCAGGUUGUAGUACGGUUUGUACGACAGUCGCGGAAGCAGCGAAAAUGUGGAAUUUGGUGGUGCUAUGUUAUGGAGCAAGCUCACCCGCUUUAUCCGACCGUCAAAGAUUUAAAACGUUAUUUCGUACUCAUCCUUCUGCAACUGUUCAUAACCCUACUCGCGUUGAAUUGUUGCUAAAGUACGGAUGGUCUAGAAUCGCAAUACUCCAGCAAGCUGAAGAAGUUUUUAUCUCGACGGUGGAAGACCUGGAGAUACGCUGCAAAGAAAGAAACAUCGAAAUUAUUACGAGACAAAGUUUUUUAAGCGAUCCAGCUGAUGCUGUUAAAAAUUUAAAACGUCAAGAUGCGCGAAUUAUUGUCGGAUUAUUUUACGUUGUAGCUGCCCGCAAAGUGUUAUGCGAAAUGUACAAGCAGCAGCUGUAUGGUAAAUCGUACGUUUGGUUUUUUAUAGGAUGGUACGAAGACGAUUGGUUCACGAGCAAUGUCGAUAACGAUACAGAUUGUCAAACAGAGGAACUCAUGAUAGCAGCGGAAGGUCAUCUCACUACGGAAGCUGUUAUGUGGAAUCAAAAUAGAUUUCAAAAAACUAUCUCAGGAAUGACUGCUCAUGACUUCCAAAAAAGACUGGACGAAGUUCUAUUACAAUCUGGUUACGGACUUAAUAGUAGUCGAUACCCACCAGGUUACCAAGAAGCUCCUUUAGCAUAUGAUGCGGUCUGGGCUGUGGCUUUAGCUUUUAAUAAAACUAUGAAUAUUUUAUCAAAGAGAGGAGAGUCUUUAAAAAGUUUCACAUACACCAACGAAAAAAUUGCUUCCGAAAUAUACAGCGCGAUGAAUUCAACCGAGUUUUUGGGCAUCUCGGGCGUUGUCGCAUUUAGCUCGCAAGGUGAUAGAGUAGCCUUAACUCAAGUUGAACAAGUACAAAAUGGAUCUUACGUGAAAUUGGCAUAUUACGACACUGAGAAAAAUAAUUUCACUUGGUUGAAUGAUGCUAAAUGGAUAGGUAAUAAAGUGCCUACUGAUCGAACAAUUAUAAAACCAGAAUUACGAACGUUAAACGUACCUUUAUUCUUGUGUAUGUGGUCGAUAUCAGUUAUCGGCAUACUCGUGGCCAUUGGCCUUAUUGUAUUUAAUGUUUAUAAUCGUCACAGGAGAGUGAUUCAAUUUUCACAUCCAGUAUGUAACACCAUAAUGCUCGUUGGUGUUAUUGUCUGCUUAACAAGUGUGAUAUUACUCGGACUAGAUGGGCAAAUCGUAUCGCCAGAAAUGUAUCCGUUAGUUUGCCAAGGUAGAGCUUGGCUUCUGUCAAUUGGUUUUACUCUUGGAUAUGGUGCCAUGUUCAGUAAAGUUUGGAGAGUUCAUCGUUUAACUACGAAAACGAAAAAUAAUAUUAAGAAAAAAAUCCAGCCAUGGAAAUUAUAUUCUAUGGUUGCCGGACUUCUGAUGAUAGAUCUUAUCGUAUUAUCUGUUUGGCAAAUAUAUGAUCCACUUCAGAGAAGUAUACAAGUAUUUCCGUUAGAAUUACCAAUUUCUGCGGAAGAUGAUAUAAAAAUACGUCCUGAAUUGGAGCAUUGCGAAAGCACAAAUCACUCUAUUUGGCUAGGCAUAGCGUUAGGAUACAAAGGAGUGAUAUUAGCUUUUGGAUUAUUUUUAGCGUACGAAACACGUAGUAUUAAAGUCAAACAAAUAAACGAUUCGAGAUACGUCGGAAUGUCCAUUUAUAACGUGGUUGUGCUCUGUGUUAUUACCACCCCUGUUACUAUGAUAAUUGCGUCCCAACAAGACGCUAGUUUUACUUUUACAGCAUUAUCAAUUAUAUUUUGUUGUUUCCUUUCAAUGGCUCUUAUAUUUGUUCCUAAAGUAAUUGAAGUUAUUCGUCAUCCAAUGGAUAAGGCUGAAUCUAAAUAUAAUCCAGAUUAUGGUUUAUCCAAAGAAGAAGAGGAUAAAUACCAUAAAUUAUUAGCUGAAAAUGACGAAUUAUUUAAAUUAAUCAAAAUGAAAGAAGAUAAAAUCAUAAUGCUCAGACUUAAGUUGGCGGAAAAAGAAGCGGCUUCUGGAGGGAUGAAACCCGACAAUCAAACACCGAAUACCUUAACGGUAAAUAAAGAUAAUCUUAUUGUAGCCGAUUUUAUUACUGGCGAAGGUACAUCAGACUCCGCUUACGGUGGAGGUACUUCCGUACAAACCAGGUCAUCUCGCGCGAGUGCAUCAGAUAUUGAAUUUUCAGAAUCGUAUCUUUAAAGUUUACAAGCAUUUCACGUUCGAAAAUGAAACAGAAAAAAAAUACCUAAUUCCGUAGAAAAAGACAAUCAACAUUUCGUUUUUUGUCAAACCACCGAAGAAAAUUACUCGAAAUUCGAACAAAAAAAAAAAUCACUCGUAGAUUUUAAACGUAAAUUUGGAAUUCAAAUGUUUUUUAAGUUAGUAAUUUCACAUGCAAUAAAAAUGUUUACUUUAAUGGCGAAUAUUCGACAAUAUCUAUAAAGUAAUGCUGUGUAAACGUUUGCACAAUCAUGUUUUUACUUUUUGUUUAGAACCUUUGUAGAAGACUGGUUUGUGGGGCCAAUACCUUUUUUAACGCAUCAAAUGCGUCUUUCUUUAACGAUGUUAUUUAAUAACUUUGUUAUUUUAUUGUUAUUUUUGUUAGUUUUUUUUUCUAUUUAUUUUUUCGGUGUUAAUUUGUUGAAAUCAAAGUAAUAGAUAAAUAAGUUAUUAGAUAGGUACUGACGAGGGAAUGGUUGAAAGCUUGCAAUAGGUAUCUAUCAAAACGAUUCUGUUUCCUUAAUAUGCACUCGAGGAUAAGGAGCUUUUUUAUUAUUUAAUUUUGAUGAGACUUGGCCCAAAGGACGAUAUAACAAUCUGGACUCUUCACUGGAGCGCACAUAGUUUGUGCUGUUUGUGAACAGUGGUCAACGUGCUAUUACAAGCGGUGUGAGCCGUAGUGAACAGUUUCAAUUAAAACGUCCUUGUUGAAGACUAUACCUAACGAAAAAAUUCUCACAGAAUUAUCUACCUUCAAAACUGAAGGAUCGUUCGGCAAUUAUCAGAGGAGAGAAUGAUUUUUUUUUCUUAAUUAUUCCUGGAGUCGCAAGGUUUUAGGUUUAAACAGAAAUUCUAGUUCUAUUUUCAAAGGUAAAAUUUAAAAAAAGUUAUUUAAGAAAUUGCGGAUUUUUAAAUAUGUACCAAUUAUUUGAAGAAACCAGAGGUAAAGAUGCUAGAGAUGACUACUGAAAUUAUUAAACACACAACUUAUUUAUAUUUUGGAAAUUAUUUUAUAUUUACUAUUAUGCCAUAAGACUUGUAGAAACCAUACAAGCGAUUUCAUCAAAAUUUUAAAAAUUCGGCUCCUUGAUUCCCAAAAAAUGUAACGUUAUACCUAGUUCUAAAAUCAGAAAAAACUACUAAUUUAUACCCAUGUGAAGUUAGUAUCAUUACCUAUUCGAGUGAAAUUAGGUAGGUAUGUUGGUGAGUUACCACGUUGUUCAAGGAUAUGCGUUAUGAAAACAACAGAUCAUUCUCUCGUGCAAUGUAUAAUCGCCGAUGAUAAUUUCCUCAAAUUUAAAAAUUUUUCAAUGGGGAUUCAACUAGAUUUUGGGCACUCAUUUGUCGUGAUUUGUAAAACUAAUAAAAUCUCUAUCAACAAAUAAAUUUUAAAAACAAGAUCACCUGACAUCAUUUCAUAUUAGGUAGUUCCAUUGCUUUCAAUCAGAACGCCAUAUUGCAUACCUACGCAUUUUUUCAAGUAUUUAGUUUGUUUUACAUUCUAUACGCAGCAAUAUAAAGAAAAUAUUACCAGUGAAAUCUCGUUAGCGAUGUCCUAAAUAUUCACAUUUCGUAAACCAUGUGUAAAUACGAGAAAAAAAUCUGUACUUAUUCGCGCUUUUAUUAUAAAUUGUUUCAAUUAAGUAUCGAUGUGUAAUUGAUUAUUUUUGUAGAUAUUUGCUGUACAAAGUAAACUCCCAAAUAAAAACUUGGACGGCGUUAUUAACGAGAUUUUACUGCUUUUUCCAUUUGCAAAAACUCAUUGUUUUCUUUUACAUUUUAAAAAGAUCCGUCCUUAUGUGAAAAAGAAAUUUGCACGAAUAAUUCAUCUCUAAUUUGGGAGUUUCCUUUAGAUAUGUGUUCCUAUGUUUAAACCAAAAACAAAACAAUAAAACAAAAAAACAUCGAAAUAAAGAUCUAAAAAGAUUCAA